CGCCGGAGUCCUCGCCCUGCCGCGCUGAGCCCUGCUCGCGCUGCGCCCGUCGCUGCGCUUCCCACAGCCUGCCCGGGACAUCUCCUCCCCAGCCGCUGCCAGACACCGGACUCCUUCGGGGCGAGAGGCGCGAGAGUCACCCAGGAUUUCGAGGUACCCGCAUGCCGCGGGUUGGAGCUCCUGACUGUGUGUGCUGGGCGCUGUGGCCUCGGCUGCCCCGGAGAAGACAGAGUUGCGAACUGACGCAAAGAGCCGGGAGUCAGGAACACAAGCUGUGCCUGCAAUGCCCCGCAACUCCAACCGGGGAGUGAGCGCCCGCGGCGUGCAGGCGGAGGAGUAAGCGGACCCCAGGCUGCCACAAAACACACUUGGCCCUAGGACUCCGAGCGCGAGGUCACCCGCUUUGGUGGUCGGGGACACGGUUUGACUGCUAGAGAAUGAGCCCCAGGACGCCGGGGCUCCGCAGCCGUGCGGGCUCCACUGGCGAGCGCUGAUGGGGGUGCGCCAGAGUCGGGCUGAGGGAUGCGGAGUGGCGGCCCGCCCGCCACCCAGAUCUUCGCUGCGCCCUUGCCGGGACCCGGCGUCGCCCAGGAUGGCUGCCCCGAGCCAUGGGUCGCGGCCGAGCUAGCGCAGAGCGGCCGACCCUCGCCCAGCGAGUCGCGGAGCUGGCCCCGCGCCCCAACAGCACUGGUCCCUGAGGACGACGACAGCCGCAGCCUUGCCUCAGCCUUUUUCCCUUCCCUCCCCCUGCUUGAGGCUGUGUGUCAGCAUUUGGCUAGAGACUUCUUGAACUUGCCGGGAGAGUGACUCGGGCUCCCCACUUCGCGCUGGUGUCUUUGCCCGGCGGAGCCAGUCUUGCCGCCUCCAGCCGGGUCUCCUCUGUUCUUCGGCCCGCUGGGUCCACCCCAAGACACAGUUCCUCGCCGGGAGAGCACCCGGAGAAGAAGGAGGAGGCAAAGAAAGGCAAAAGAAGCCCCGUCCCUGCUCAGCUCCUUGGACAGAGCUUUUUCCAUGUGGAGACUCUCUGAAUGGACGUGCCCCCGAGUGCUUCUUAGACGGACUGCGGUCUCCUAAAGGUCGACCAUGGUGGCCGGGACCCGCUGUCUUCUAGUGUUGCUGCUUCCCCAGGCCCUCCUGGGCGGCGCGGCCGGCCUCAUACCGGAGCUGGGCCGCAAGAAGUUCGCCGCCGGGGCAUCCGGCCGCCCCUUGUCCCGGCCUUCGGACGACGUCCUCAGCGAGUUUGAGUUGAGGCUGCUCAGCAUGUUUGGUCUGAAGCAGAGACCCACCCCCAGCAAGGACGCCGUGGUGCCCCCCUAUAUGCUGGAUUUGUACCGCCGGCACUCGGGCCAGCCAGGAGCGCCCGCCCCGGACCACCGGUUGGAGAGGGCAGCCAGCCGCGCCAACACGGUGCGCAGCUUCCACCACGAAGAAGCCAUUGAGGAACUACCAGAAAUGAGUGGGAAAACGGCCCGCCUCUUCUUCUUCAAUUUAAGUUCUGUCCCCGCUGACGAGUUUCUCACAUCUGCAGAACUGCAGAUUUUUCGGGAACAGAUGCAGGAAGCUUUGGGAAACAACAGUUUCCAGCACCGAAUUAAUAUUUAUGAGAUUAUAAAGCCUGCAGCCGCCAACUUGAAGUUUCCUGUGACUAGACUGUUGGACACCAGGUUAGUGAAUCAGAACACGAGUCAGUGGGAGAGCUUUGACGUCACCCCGGCUGUGAUGCGGUGGACUGCCCAGGGGCACACCAACCAUGGUUUUGUGGUGGAAGUGGCUCAUUUAGAGGACAAGCCAGGCGUCUCCAAGAGACACGUGAGGAUUAGCAGGUCUUUGCACCAAGAUGAACACAGCUGGUCACAGAUAAGGCCGUUGCUAGUGACUUUCGGCCACGAUGGCAAGGGACAUCCACUCCACAAAAGAGAAAAACGCCAAGCCAAACACAAACAGCGGAAGCGCCUCAAGUCCAGCUGUAAGAGGCACCCUUUGUAUGUGGACUUCAGCGAUGUGGGGUGGAAUGACUGGAUCGUGGCCCCUCCAGGCUAUCAAGCCUUCUACUGCCACGGGGAAUGUCCUUUUCCCCUGGCGGACCACCUGAACUCCACGAACCACGCCAUCGUACAGACGCUGGUGAACUCUGUGAAUUCCAAAAUCCCGAAGGCGUGCUGUGUCCCCACUGAACUCAGCGCAAUCUCCAUGCUGUAUCUAGAUGAAAAUGAAAAGGUUGUGCUGAAAAACUAUCAGGACAUGGUUGUGGAGGGUUGUGGGUGUCGUUAGCACAGCAUAAAGAUAUAUA